CAGCUGCUAGAAGGACAGCGAAGCAAUGGCUGAUACCAUAGCCGAUACAAGAAGGCUCUUCACAAAGCCCCAGAACUUAAAUGAUGCUUAUGGACCUCCGAGUAAUUUCCUAGAAAUUGAUGUGAGCAACCCUGAGACCGUUGGGGUUGGCCGGGGAAGAUAUACCACCUAUGAAGUCAGACUGAAGACCAACCUCCCCAUCUUCAAGCUGAAGGAGUCCUGUGUACGGAGGCGGUACAGCGACUUUGAGUGGCUCAGAACGGAGCUGGAGAGGGAGAGCAAGGUGGUCGUCCCUCCUCUCCCAGGUAAAGCUUUUUUCAGGCAGCUUCCGUUCCGAGGGGAUGAUGGGAUAUUUGAUGACUCUUUCAUCGAGGAGCGGAGGCAGGGUCUGGAACAAUUUCUCAACAAAGUGGCGGGUCAUCCUCUAGCUCAGAACGAACGCUGCCUGCACAUGUUUCUACAGGACGAGUACGUGGACAAGAACUACACCCCAUCUAAAAUCAGACAAGCCUGAUACAUUUAAAAAAAAAAAAAAAGAAAAAAAAAGAUGGCUCUGCUUGGCUUGGUCUGGUAUGGCCCGGCUCGGCCCCAACAACCCAAAGCUCUCUUCACUGCUCCAGGUUUCUCUCAAGACAAAAAAAACAAAACAAAAAAGAAAAACAUUUCAGUGACAACCUCCCCCUCCCUCUGCCCCGCCAAAAUAAUAUCAUUCACUGCCUCUUUUAGUUGAAUUAGUGAUCCUGAUUGGUGUUUGUUUUUCACUCUCUAAUUGGAGUCAAGAAUGUUCAACACAUAAGUGGUGGAAAGUAAUUUAUAGUAAUUUCUCUUUAUGUCUGGAAAUGCCACUAACAUGGAAAUAUUAUGUAUUUAUCAUUUAGCUCUAUGUCUUGAAUAUAUUCAUUUAUAUAGUAACAUUGAAUGAGCAUUCUAUGUAAGCAAAGCUCUUGUAAAGACACCAAGAAUUUCCCUUCAUUUAUAUAUAUAUAUAAAUAUAAAUAUAUGUCCUAUUACUGGCAUGUUGCUCACCAUAACUAGCAACUUAACACACACUAGCACACACACACUUAUGUAUUUGAUGGGCCUUGACUUUGAAAUCACUCUUCAAAAAAGGAAGCACGUGUGUGUGUAUAUUGACCAGCACCUGCCCAGUUGUCACGAUGAUUUUCUAGCAAGAAAGACGCAAUUUACACAGAGGGAACUGCAGUAUUUCUACUGGCUUAUAUGCAUUUUGAGAUUUGUAUACUGCUGUGCCAUUUUUGUUUAUUUUGAAGAUUUUCCAAUAAAAUAGGUGAAAUGUCUCCACACAGAAGUUGGACUGAUGACCUGUCUCACGCUCCACAUUGGAUCAACAAGCAGGUGCUGUAAGCUGCUACAGAGGUCACUGCUAUUCUAACAUCAAUAGAUACAUAAUCCAUAAUAAUUAUGUUGAUUUAAGAAGAAGUCUAGGCCUGAUCAGAGAGCUUAUUAAACUGUCCUGAGGUUUAUUUAGAAUGCACUUAACCCUCAGAAAGUUCACUGAAAUCAUUGGUGUAAAACACACUUGAUCAAUGAAUUAAUGUACAGUGUCUAAUGAUGACUUACUUUAUCUGAGCUCACUACUAGUCAACACAUAAUGGAUCACAAAUGAAUGGUUGGUCUAUCAUUGUGACUUAAAACAUAGAUGUAUAUUCCACAAAAGCUAAUUUGCACACAUAGAAAGUAGCAUUUGGAACCUACAAGCCAUUUGAAUAACCCUCUGCAUAGCAAAAUUAACUGUGCUGUUCCUUUUUAUACAUACACUUAGAUAUAUAUCUUAAUCAUCUUGAUUUAAAGGGGCAUAGUUUUACUUAAACAUUAAAAGAGAUCAACAUUUUUGAUCCUCUUUUGAUGCAUGUUUAAAAGUGAUUUAAUCCCUGUUAAAAUACCAUAACGUCUAAAAAAAACGAUAUCUGUUUCAUAAGUCAGGUGUGAAGGAGAGAAGCAAAUUCUUAAAAAUUUCCAGCAGACUUUGCACAGUCUAUUGCAGUUUUCCGAACAAUUUCCAUUGCCUAUGUUUUUAUGCAAUUUACAUAGUAUGCAGGAUUUCACUUGCAAAUUUUGAUAAACUGAAAAAACAAGAAAGUACCCGGUACUGGGGGCUAAAACUUCUAUUUACGUUGUGACCAUGUCUUAGCAGCCGUUGCUGUUGUUUAUUUUUGCAAGUAUGUAGGGCUGGGCAAUAUGGCCUUAAAAUAAAAUCUUGUAUUCUCACAUCAAAACCAGAUUUACUAUAUUUAUCAAU